UAUAUUUUGGUGAUGGUGGACCCAGAUGCACCAUCUGCCAACCGACCGUCAAAAAGAUUUUGGAGACAUUGGCUCCUUGAAUUGCUAUCUGGAUCAAUGUUAACAGGAAGUGUGUUAACAGCAUACCAGGGCCCAAUGCCGCCAGAGAGAUCCGGCCUGCACAGGUAUCAAUUCUUCCUCUUCAGACAGCCAUCCACAUUCAAGGAUAGGUUUGAAGUGAAGGAAGAGGAUUGGGAUGCUGUGGGAAGAGAAAGAUGGGAUCUAGAUGAGUUUGUAGUGAAGUAUGAUUUGUGUGGACUGCUGGCGGCCUCCUAUCAGUACUCAGCGUCCAGGAAUUAA